CUGGGGAGGAAGAUAAAGACAUUUGCAACCAAGAUGGUAAUCACGAGUGGAAACGAUGAGGACAGAGGAGGCCAAGAAAAGGAGAGUAAGGAAGAGAGUGUCUUGGCGAUGCUGGGCAUUAUCGGGACCAUUCUGAACCUAAUCGUGAUCAUAUUUGUAUACAUAUACACCACUCUGUGAAUGGCCCAGCGGGCCCUCAGAGGCCUCGGGGGGGCCAGAAGAUGGGAGUCCUGUGUGUCGACAGAUCAGUGACCAGACACUGCACAAACAAGCAGGCUUGACCUACCCACGCUGCUCGAUCAAAUGCACCUUCAAACUUUAUACAAGGUCACAAAAAUCAACCGAUCCUGCUGUGAGGAGCAGACGCUAAAGCACAAUGAUUCCAACAAAACUCAUCCACACAACGAGGAACUCAACGUCUUUGGCAGGGAGCCCGAGAGAACGCUUGGAAGACCAGCCUUUGAAAACGCCGUCGGUGAGCAGAUGGGUGCAGAAAUUCACGAUCCCAGAUCGCUGACGAUCUCACGUAUCUGAAAAGAGGAACGGGGUGGACUCCGCUCAUCAGUGUGUCUCCCAGGACACACAUCUUAACUUGAUGAGCUGUUUAGUACAAAAAACCACAGGGGCAAUCCUUUGACAGACAUCCCAUUAAUCAAAAGUGUCUAACUGUUUGAUACCGGGGAGAUAACUUAUUUUUCUUUGUUCAUUGGCUUGACAUGUGUAUCUGUUCAUAUCAAGGUUUAUAAAUAUAUAUUUUUACUAAAUGUGCUCUAUUUUUUAGCAUGAACUGAAUAUUCGGA